UAAAUGUCAGCAACGGACCAAGGCCGUUACAAUCAAGAAAACUGAAGCAGCAAAACUAGCCCAAGUCUCUUUAUUCUCUCCGUAGCUUUGACAGGAAAACAAUGGUAGCUGAAGAAGUACACUUUCUAAUGGUGACAGCAGCCAUGCAAGGCCACAUGAACCCUAUGCUUAAGCUUGCCAAACGCCUUGUUUCAAAGGGUAUCUAUAUCACCCUCGCCACCAACGAUGUUGCACGCCACCGUAUGCUCAAUUCAAAAGUCUCUAGUAUUGCUGAUGAUUUAACCACUGCCCAAAACGCCACACCUAAACCCCCUGGAAUCACGCUUGCUUUCUUCUCUGAUGGCCUCAGCCCGGAGUUUGAUCGCGAUGAGGAUGUCGAUAGAUUUAUUAAGUCCAUGAGGACAAUCGGAGCAAGAAACCUAUCAAAUCUCAUUACUGAUUUAAUAGCUCAGGACAGGAAAUUUUCUUGCGUUAUUUUGAAUCCCUUUUUCCCAUGGGUGGCAGAUAUUGCCGCUGAGAAUGGCAUUCCUUGUGCUACGCUCUGGAUCCAAGCUUGUAGUAUCUAUUCAGUUUACUACCAUUUCUUGAAGCAUCCCAAUUUAUUUCCAUCACUUGAUGACCCAGAUAAAAGUGUAGAGUUGCCUGGCUUGCCGGCUUUACAGGUAAAGGAUCUUCCUUCCUUCAUUUUACCAACAAGUCCUCCUAUAUUCUACGAAACACUGUUAGAUUUAGUUCAAAAAUUAGAUAAUAAGGUAAAAUGGGUUUUGGUUAAUUCUUUUACGGAGCUUGAGGAGGAUGUAGUGAAAUCCAUGGCUUCUCUCCAUCCCAUUUAUCCUAUUGGUCCAUUGGUCUCACCAUUUCUCUUAGGAGAAGAAGAAAUGAUGUCAAAGAGUACAAUUGACAAUGUUGAUAUGUGGAGGGCUGAGAAUUCAUGUAUAGCAUGGCUUGACAAGAAACCUCCUUCGUCGGUCAUUUAUAUUUCAUUUGGCAGCAUAACUGUUUUGUCUCAAAAGCAAAUGGAUAACUUAGCAACGGGAUUAAAGAACAGCAACAAACCGUUUCUUUGGGUCAUUAAGCCUAAACCCGAAAAUUCUGAAACAAAAGGAGGUGAAUUGCCAGGUUCUUUCUUGGAGGAGACCAAGGAGAAAGGUCUAGUGGUGACAUGGUGCGAGCAAGAGAAGGUGUUAAUGCACAAAGCUGUAGGUUGCUUCAUUACACAUUGUGGGUGGAACUCGACGCUGGAGUCAGUUGUAGCAGGAGUCCCUGUGAUUGCUUAUCCUGGAUGGACUGAUCAGCCAACAGUUGCCAAGUUUCUGGUGGAUGUUUUAAAGAUUGGUGUUAGAGUGAAAAUUGAAGAUGGGUUUGCAAGUUCAGAAGAGGUAGAAAGAUGCAUUAUGGAAAUCACUGGAGGACCAGAAGCAGAAGGGGUCAAGAAAAGGGCUUUGGAGUUAAAGGAGGCAGCCAAGAAAGUGGGAGCAGAAGGUGGUUCUUCUGAUCAGAUUAUUGAUCAGUUUAUCAAUGAAAUUACUGGAAAGCCAUUUUAAAAUCUUCAUGCUUCGGAUAUGAAUGUUUACAAGUUUUAGAGAAAUGGAAAGAAAAGGAAAAUUAUGAAAUUGUUUAAGAAAUCGAUUUAUUGAUUUUCUCAAUAAUUUUCUAUUCUC